AUGAAUGGUUCUUCCGAAUCUCUUUCGGCAUGGACAUAUUUCGAUUCUCCUGAUUUCCUUAGAACUUCACUUCAUUUCUUGAGUAUUCUAGAAGUUCCGAUUCAUCUUCUCGGAUUUUAUUGUGUCAUUUUCAAAACUCCUUCAAAAAUGAGAUAUGUGAAAUCGUCAAUGAUCCAAUGUUUCCUUUCCGGUGCUGUUUUAGAUUUUGUGUUAAGUUUUGGAACCAUUCCUUAUGCAUUGUUACCCACUUUAUCUUUGCAUUCUUUGGGAAUUUUAUCCGAUGUUGGAGUGUCACAAAAAUGGCAGACUAUUCUGGUUAUCGAGCUUAUCAUUAUUGUUGGUUGCUCAAUAAUUGGAAUUCUUGAAAACCGAUUCACAUGCAUUACGAAUCGCAAAUCUAGAUGUAUAAAUAGUUUAUUAAUAUACAUUGUGAAUGGAUCAUUUUCGAGUUUCUUGGUUUAUUUUAUAUUCUCAAACUGUCCAGAACAAGAAGUAGCUCGAAGAAUCGUUCUAUACGAGAUUCUUCCACCCAGUCUUCCUUCUCAUUUCUACACUGAUCCAAUAUUCGUUGUCUCAUUGAAUAACACACAGGUUGCAAUAUUAAUUAUGAUCCCUUUUUUCUGUACAGUAACAUUGUGCACGGCUUUUGCUCUUGGAACUAUUUACAAGUUAUAUUAUUCAGGAAGUGAUAGAACCCUUUCCACAAGUACCAAAAACAUGAUGAACAAGUUUUUCGUCUUGAUUUGUAUACAAUGCUCAAUUCCACUAACAGUUCUAGCCUUUCCUAUUUCUUAUAUCGCAUUCAGCUGCUCCACACUAUAUUUCAAUCAAGGUUCGCUUCAUUUAUUGUUCUUUGAACCUUAUUAUCCAAUUUACAGCGCUAAACAAUCUAAUUUUCAUAAUGUUUUCAUUUCAUGGAAUUUUGACAACAUUAUCAAUUAUUUUUCUUCAUACAGAAUAUCGGAACGUGGUGCUUUCAUUUUUCAAGCCAAACAAUCGAGUGCUAUCUACUAAAAAUUAAUGUAUGUUAGUUGUUCUUGAAUUCUGCUAUUUGAAUGUUUGAUUUUUACAACUUCCUGAGAUCCCUAUGUAUAAAUUGUUCUGAUUUUGCAAUUGACAGGUGCAUUGAAUUUCUGCUCAAUUUCAUUUUCCAUUUGAAACUUAUCAAAAAAUCACUCUCUCAUUGUCAGAAAAAUGACAUGGACAUAUUUCGAUUCUAAAGAAUUUCUUCAAACUUCUUUACAUGUUUUGAGUAUCAUUGGUAUUCCGAUUCAUCUUUUCGGUUUUUAUUGUGUCAUUUUCAAAACUCCGAUAAAAAUGAGAAACGUGAAAUCGUCAAUGAUACAAUGUUGCAUCUGGGGUGCAUUACUAGAUUUUGCGUUGAGUUUAGGGACGAUACCUUAUGUGUUAUUACCAGCUUUCUGCGGACAUCCUUUGGGAUAUUUAACUUACUUGGGAAUGAGUACGAAAACGCAAACAAUAUUAAUAAUCGAAUUAAUAAUCGGUGUUGGUUGUUCAAUUGUUGGGGUUCUCGAAAAUCGAUUCACUUGCAUGACAAAACCUGGUUCCAGUUAUAAAAAUCAUUGUAUAAUGUACAUUUGUAAUUGUAUUUUUGCAAACAUAAUUCUCUAUUUCAUAUUUUCAAAUUGUCCAGAGCAGGAACAAGCUCGAAAAACAGUUCUAUACGAAUUACUGCCCAAAGAUCUUCCAAGUCAUUUCUACUCUGAUCCAAUGUUUGUUGUUUCCCUAAAUAGUUUUCAAAUCGGAAUGUCGAUUUUGGCCCUAUUUCUAUGCAUAUUUUUACAAUGCAUAGGUUUUGUAUUAGGCACGGUUUACAAGUUAUACUUCUCGGAAAAAAUUAAAUAUAUAUCCCAGAACACGAAAAAAAUGCAAAACAAAUUUUUCCUGCUAAUUUGUAUACAAUGUUCAAUACCUAUGAUUGUUCUGGUUAUUCCAAUUUGUUACAUAAUUUUCAGCUGCUCAGCAUUCUACUUCAAUCAGGGUUUGAAUAUAAAUCCUGUUUAGGUUAUGUUUAUAAUAUUUUUGCAGCUCUCAAUAAUGUUUCCUUCAUUUUAAUAUCAUUUCACGGAAUGUCAGCAACAAUUGCAAUUAUCUUUGUUCAUUCAGCUUAUCGGGAAGCUUUUGACGCGAACUUGUUGAGAUUAAUACUCGGAAGAAAAUUGAAACCAAAUGUUUCUUAUAUUUUCAGAUAAAUUUGAAUUUUUAGAAGAGCAUAAUUUUAUACUGUGUUCUGUUUGUUGAAAAAAACUAAAUUGCUCCAUGUUUUCUUGCUAAUGCAGUUUUCUUACUCAUAUAAAUUAUAUUAUAUGUUUUGUAAUUAUAUGUUUUGUAACAACGAUUUUUUCCAAAAAAAAAACACAUUCGCGCAAUGAAUUUUUCUUCAAAAAACAUCUUGUCUUGGACAUAUUUCGAUACCCCUGAAUUCUUCCGUAAUUUCCUUCAUUUCUUGAGUAUUCUCGAACUUCCAAUCCAUCUUCUCGGUUUCUAUUGUGUCAUUUUCAAAACACCUUUACAAAUGAGAUAUGUGAAAUCAUCAAUGAUUCAAUGUUGUGUGUUUGGUGCAAGUUUAGAUUUUGUUUUCAAUUUCGGCACAAUUCCUUAUAUAUUAUUUCCAACAAUGGCUGGACGUUCUUUAGGAAUUUUGAACAAUUUAGGCAUGUCUAUGAAAUCACAGUCAAUUCUCAUUUGUGAGUUUAUUAUAUUUGUUGCUUGUUCGGUGAUUGGAAUUCUUGAAAAUCGAUUCACAUGUAUCACAAAUCAUAACUCCCGAGUCAAAAAUACCUGCUUCAUCUACUUAUUGAAUACAACCCUAUUAAAUCUAUCAAUUUAUUUGGUAUUUACAAAAUGCCCGGAACAAGAAGAAGCCCGAAGAAUAGUUCUAUACGAACUUCUCCCGCCUGAACUACCUUCUCAUUUUUACACCGAUCCAAUAUUUGUAGUCUCUUUGGAUGCUGAUCUAGUUGCAACUCAAAUCCUAGCAACUGCCAUACUCAUUUUCACACAGUGUGCAAUUUUCGUUCUCGGCACGAUUUAUAAGCUAUACUUUUCAGUAAUCACCAGGAAUCUGUCAUCGAUUACAAAACGUAUGCAGAACAAAUUUUUCAUUUUGAUUUGUUUACAAUGUUCGAUUCCUUUGACUGUUCUAGCAUUUCCAACUUGCUACAUCAUUUUUAGCUGCUCCACGUUAUAUUUUAAUCAAGGUAUGUCACGUUUCUCACGUUUUUCGUUUAACAAAGUCUCUCUCACAGCUCUCAACAACCUUGUUUUCAUUCUAUACUCUUUUCAUGGAAUAUUGACAACAAUUUCAAUUAUUCUUGUUCAUUCCGCUUAUCGACAAUUCCUACUUUUAUUUUUCAAGCAAACAAAAAUAAAAGUGAGAUUAGAAAAUCGAAUUUCAUAUUUUGUGAAUUAAUAAAUUGUUUAUCACAUCUUGUUUUGAAGCAUAUUCUCAGAAAACUUGAUUAUUCGUCUGUUCGUCACACUAAUUAGAAAAAAAAAAUCAUUUUUCAUAAAAAUUCAGCCAUGUCAUGGUCAUAUUUUGAUUCUCCCGAAUUCCUCAAAACAUCUCUUCAUUCUCUAACCCUUCUUGAAAUUCCGAUUCAUCUUCUCGGUUUUUAUUGUAUCAUGUUCAAAACUCCGUCGAAAAUGAGAUAUGUGAAAUCAUCAAUGAUCCAAUGUUGUGUUAUUGGCGCUGUUUUAGAUGUUUCUCUAAGUUUCGGAAUAAUUCCUUACGUAUUGUUUCCAACGAUGUCAGGGCGACCAUUAGGAUUUCUAACGAGAUUAGGAGUUCCUAUGGAAGCUCAAGUUAUUUUGUUUAUUGAAAUGAUUGUAUUACUCGGUUGCUCGUUGAUUGGAAUUCUCGAAAAUAGAUUUACUUGCAUCACAAAUCCCAAAUCAAGCUACAAGAAUCACUGUAUAAUAUACAUUGCGAACGUAACAUUUGCCACAAUUUUAAUCUAUUGGAUAUUUUCAAAAUGUCCAGAGCAAGAAAGUGCUCGGCGAGUUGUUCUAUACGAACUUCUACCACCGAAUCUUCCUAGUAAUUUCUACACCGAUCCAUUAUUCGUCGUUUCGUUGAACAGCUUUCAAGUUGGUAUGACGAUUAUGGGACCAUUUAUUUUUCAAUAUAUACAGGGAGCAUUUUUCAUAAUUGGUACAAUUUAUAAGUUAUAUUUUCUGAAGACCAAUAAAAAUGUGUCCCAAAACACCAGAAGAAUGCAAAACAAGAUGUUCAUUUUGAUUUGGAUACAGUGCUCAAUUCCAAUAACUGUUCUUGCUCUUCCAAUUUGUUACGUAUUGUUCAGCUGCUCAACAUCUUAUUUUAAUCAAGGUACGGUACAAAAGUUUCGAGUUAAACACACAUUUUUAAGCGUUAAACAACCUGGUAUUUAUAUUUUUCUCCUUUCACGGGAUUUUGACAACAACUUCAAUUAUUUUUAUUCACUCGGCAUAUCGGAAUGUACUAUUUUCAAAUUGCAAAAAAUCGAAAGUUUUGAAGAAUUUUAGACAACGCAUUUUAUAUGUUCCCAAUCGGUUUUCAUGAACUGAACUAGAUUCUAGAAAUUGUUUUGCCAACAAUUUAGAGAUCAGUAAUCAAUGUUUUUGUUCAACAUAUAAUUUUUGGCCAGCAUGAGACAGCAGAUGUUUUUAAAGAAACAUAUUUACGCAAUCCCGCACUCCUACUAAAAAUGCACUGGACAUACUUCGAUACUCCAGAUUUCCUACAAACUUCUUUACACAUCCUGAGUAUUCUAGAAGUUCCAAUUCAUCUUCUCGGUUUUUAUUGCAUCAUUUUCAAAACCCCGCCAAAAAUGAGAUAUGUGAAAUCGUCAAUGAUCCAAUGUUGUGUUUGGGGAGCUUUUCUGGAUUUUUCUUUGAGUUUUGCAACAAUUCCCUAUGUGUUAUUUCCAACCUUAUCCGGACAUCCUUUAGGAGUUAUGUCUUAUUCUGGAAUUUCUAUCAAAUCACAGAUAAUUCUUAUUGUAGAGAUAAUGAUUGGCAAUAUUUGCGCAUUUAUUGGUAUUUUUGAAAACCGCUAUCACUGCUUCCAAAAUCCCACCACUAGCUAUAAAAAUCACAUCCUCAUCUAUUUCUUCAACGGAUUUCUACUUAACAUAGUAUCAUUUUUGAUAUUCUCGGAUUGUCCAGAGCAAACAGAAGCUCGAAGAAUAGUUCUAUACCAACUUCUACCACCCGAUCUACCCGCUCACUUCUACACAGAUCCAACAUUUGUUGUUUCUUUAAAUAGUCAAGAAAUAGGAAUGAUUUUUAUUGGAAUAUUCAUAUUUGUUUUAAUACAAUGUCUUUGUAUUGGGCUCUGUAUACAAUUUCUAUCGUCGAAGAAGUAAUAAAAAUCUAUCAGUGAACACGAGAAAAAUGCAAAACAAAUUUUUCCUUCUAAUCUGUAUCCAAUGUUCUAUUCCAAUAACUGUUAUAGCUUUCCCACUUUGCUAUGUUAUUUACAGUUGUUCAACAUUAUAUUACAAUCAAGCAUUCAAUAAUAUUUCAUUCAUUUUCAUCUCGUUACACGGAGUUCUGACUACAACAUCUAUUAUGUUUAUUCAUACAUCUUAUCGUGAAUUUAUAUUCUCAUAUUUUACAAAACAGAGGAAUCAUAGAAAAAUAACACAAUUAUCUGGUAAAACAUAA